CGCGUCGGAGUUCCGCGGGAUCGCUUUGUCUGUGAGGAUAUUUGCUUGUUGGGGGGUCGUGGCCAAUAUCCGAGUGGGUUUGUAGAUCAUAAUGCCUUGGAAAUUUCCAUGGUCAGAUAGCAUCAAGAAAAGAGCCUGCAGGUAUCUACUGCAGCGAUAUCUAGGUCAAUUUUUAAAGGAGAAGCUGACUUUGGAGCAACUGAGUGUCGACAUCUACGAGGGCACUGGAGAAAUCAAGGACAUUCUUUUGGAUUUUGAUGCGCUUAACGAUGUGGGCGCGGCCAACAAUCUGCCCGUGGAGUUCGUGGACGGCUAUAUCCGCCGUGUGCGUGUCACCAUCCCCUGGUCGUCGCUGCUCACGGCCAGCAGCUAUGUGGAGAUCAGCGGCCUCAUGCUCACUGUGCAGGCCAAGCAGAUGCUCGACGACGCGGCCAUGUUCGACUCCAUGCUGGACAGCAUGUCGACCAGCACGAUGGACAUGGCCAAGGAGUGUCUGGGCCAGGUGGCCGACCAGCGCGUCGAAGCCGACACGCAGACGCUGGAGGGCAUCGAGGCGCUGGCCGGCGCCAUCGACUCAGUGCUGAUGCGGAUCAAGGUGCGGUUCCUGGACACGGUGGUGCGGCUGGAGCACGUGGGCCAGGAGAUGGGACGCGGAGUCGGCGUCGAGAUCAAAAUAGCCCGCAUGGACUACAUGGACGAGGCGGGCCGGGAGCUGGAUGGCGGCGGCGGCGGCGGCGGCCCGCUGCAGCCGGCGGCGCUCUCCGUCAAGCGGCUCUCGCUCGACCGCGUCACGCUGCACUGCGCCGAGUUCCCGGCCGCCUGCAGGGCGGCGCCCGGCUGCAUGGCCGCCUCCUUCUCCGAGGACCGGGAGGACGAGGAGGAGACGCAGCCGGGCCUCCCGCCACCCGGCGGCGAGCCCGUGCUGCUCGGCCAGUUCAACGGCCGCACAGAGCUGCGCUGUGAGGUCAAGGUGCACGACACGGCCCCCGGGCCAAAGCUGAAUGUGCAGAUAACGUCGGGCUCGUUCUGCACGCUACUGGGGCCGCGCCAGCUGCACGACCUGAUGGAGCUCAUGAGCGGCAUCAUCGACCCCAAACGGGUGGAGAAGAGCGCGCCGCGCCCGUGCGGCGCCGGCCGACACGCCGAGAAGCCCAUGACGCCCUCCGACUACCAGGUGAUCGAGGAGCAACUGGUGCGCCGCAACCUGGCCGCCCGCGACCUCCUCACCACGCAGGCGCUGAGGGCGCAGGGCUGGUCCUCGCACGCACACGACGAGGACGAGGAGGAGUUCCUGCCGCUGCUGCGGCCAGACGCGGCGCUGACCUCCAGCGCCGUCUCGCUGGCCACGUCGGCCGACAUGGACGGCUCCAUGACCUCGUCUGUGACGGGCAGCGUCUACUCGGAGGCCACCUCGACCCACAGGUCUGAGAUGUCCUACACGAGACCGCGGCCCAGACGCCGGCGGGACCGAGGCAAGGAUGAGGAGCAGAGCGAGGACUCGAUCCGGCUGAGUCUGCAGCUCAGCACCGUCUGCGUGGUGCUGAUGCAUGAGGACGUACUGACGACGGCGCCGGACACGCAGCUGCUCACCCCUGCCAGCAUCAAACAGAUGCAGCGGCUGGCCGAGGCCGGGCUGGCCCGCCUCUCGUCCGUCUGCGUCGGCGGCGGCGGCGUACGUGGCACGCGCCCGGACCUGCUCGAGGCGUGCCCCUGCAGCCAUCUCAGCCUGGUAGCGGCCCCGCUGAAGUUUGAGUGCAGUGAGCGGCCGUCAGGUGGCAGCAAGAGCGUGUUCUCGAUGACGCUGACGUCGGGCAUGGCGGAGCUGCUUGAGUGUCUGGUCGAGCGGGACUCCGCCAGCGCGCCCGCCGCCACGUAUACAGAGGUGAUCACCGGAUGCCAGGCGCUGGUGAACCGGCACACUGCCAGUCCGGCCGUCAGCGUCAGGCUGCGGCUGGCGGCCUGCGCCUCCGAAGUGGACGUCUCUCUGGCCGACCGGCUCUCGGCCCUGCUCAGCCCCGCCGCCGGCCCCGUCCGCCGCGGCACGUCACCCACCGGUGGCGAACACGCCCACGUGACGAAGCAACAGUGCUUCAACGACGCCAUGGACGACACGGCCGGCAGCGCCGAGGCCAAGGUGGACGUACAGGUGACGGCGCCGGCGAUCGCCGUCAAGCUGAGGUUCCCCAUCCCGGACCUGCGGCCGCUCAGCGACAUGAAGCGGCCGCCCUGGUGGUGCCGCCACCGACGCCACGCGACUGGAGCUGCAGGCGCGCACCGUCAGCGUGGCCUACGCCGAGACGGACGCCGCGCCACCGGUCGUGUUCCUCGGCAGGGUGAGGAGUUGGUCAUCCCAGCCGGUCGGGAAGAGGUGGAGAGGUUCAUCGACAGCACGGUCGCCAACUGCCAGAUGCUGCUGGAGCUCAGCCUGCCGUUGCUGGAGGCCAUCCUGCCCAGCAAGCGCUUCUACGAGCUCAUCUACAACAGACUGGCCACAGACCUGGCGCUCUGGGAGCCGGCGGCGCCCGGCAGCUGCGCCAGCCCGGAGGCGGCGCACCCGCCCGACCCGCUGGCGUUGCUCGCCGACCCGUUCCAGAUGUGCAAGUCCGGCACGCAGUACGACUCGGACUCCGACAGCGACGCCAGCGACACGCUGUACCAGUCUGUGUACGAGCAGCGGCAGCGGCAGCGGCGCCGGCAGCGUAACGAGGACGAGCUGGCGCGCAGCCGCCAGAGCCGCUGCUGCGUGCGGCUCCAGCUGGGUCAGGGCGUGGUCGCCCUGCAGACGCCCUGUGUGGCCGAGGAGGGCGCGCCGGUGCCCGACCACCACGGCGAGGUCCAGCUGGCAGUGGACUCUGGCUCGCUGUUCGUCGUCUCCGGCUACGGCGGCAUGUACGGCCACGGCUUCGUCUGCCUCUCCGCUCAUCGUGCCAGCCUGUACCACAAAGGGCAGAUGCCGACGCGGUUUACGCCGCUGCUGCCGAGUCUAGACGCCAUCCCGCCAUGCCUGGACCGGCUGGUGGGGCCGUACGAGGCCGAGCCGGCCGGACAGCCGAACGCCGACGACAUGCUCUCCGUCGCCGUCAAGUACCAGCUGGACGAGCUCAACAACAUCAAGACGUUCACGGUGGCGGUGGGCGUGGACGGCUGCGCGCUGAGGCCGCGCAUGCUGCCGUCGCUGGAGCGGUUCGUGACCCAGCUGCUGGACAUGUUCGACGUGGUGGACUUCCCGGUGGCGGGCUACGACAUGCCGGCCACCGUCACCCAGCUGCACCUGCUGGUCACCAGGUCGGCGCUCGACUAUAGGCCGCUCAAUCUGCCGUACCAGUACCUGGUGACUGUGGACAGCUUUAUCCUGUCGUCGCACCUGGCGGCGGCUACCAGCACCUCGGUGCUACGCUUCAUCCUGGAGGAAGCGGCGCUGCACGUGGCCGACCGAAGCGGCGCGCCGCUGGUGGGCGCGCGCGACUACGUGUGUGUGUUGGAGGCGGGUCUGCUGGAGCUGUCCAUCCGCACCAGUGUGGCGCCGGCCGCCGGCCAGCCGCACCUCGACUGGCGCGUCAGCAACAACACCAUCCACGUGCGCACGUGCGCUGACUCCCUGCGCGCUCUGGUGGAGCUGGUGACGUACCUGGCCGGGGACGGCGACCGGGGCGAGCCGGCGCCUGCACCGACUACGCCGCCGCCGCCUGCGCGCGCCGGUGUCCGGCAGGCGGGCGCCGACCAGGCCGGCCUGGUCGACCUCAUGGAGGACGCCAUGCAGGAGGCCAGCCCGCCGAGGCCGGCUCCUGCACAGGUGAACCAGGGUCCAGUGGAGGUGUUCUUCUUCCCGAAUGAGCCACAUGUGGCGGCGCCCCCACCUCCUCCGCAGCUGGCCACGGAGGCUGUGCCGUCCAACACGGUGAUGGCGACCAUGGCCGAGGCGCUGGCCGACAUCGACGACGAGUUCGACGAUGCCGACGAGGGCUUCUUCGUGCUCGACGACGACCCGGGUUCUGGCAUACGGUCGCGCUCCGGUGAGCCGCAGGUGCGCGUGCUCACAUCUGAGCCGAUCCGCGUGAUCGAUGACUUCCUGCCGGCGCCGGUGAGCCGGGCGGACGUGCUGCGGCCGCCGACGCACUUUCCGGUGCCGCGGCGGCGCUACACACUGCAGCAGAUGUCCGUGUUCUGGAGCCUGUACGGCGGCCACGACCUGGCCAGCAGCGGCGCGCCCCCGCCGACGCGCAAGGUACGGAUCGAGUCGCCGGCCGCCACACCACCGGGCAGCCCGCGGGCCCGGCUGGGCCAGGCGGCUCCCGGCUCGCCGCUUCAGGCGGCCUUCAGCAAACACGGCGCACAGCAGGUGCGGUUCGGCACGCUCGCCUCGCCCGAGGACGAGGCGCCAGCGCUGACCGCGGCGGCCGCCGCCCGGCGCCGAGGCGGCCCCGGCCGACACGCCGACACCAUGAUGCAGCUGCGGCUCAGCAAGGCGCGCUGUCAGCUGGAGGAGUACCCCGAGGACACGGAGGAGGCGCGCCGGCUCGUGCUGGUCGCCAACGACGUGGAGGUGCUGGACCGCAUCACCUCGUCCGACAUGAACAAGUUCCUGUACCAGUAUUCGUCCGAGAGCUGCCCGCGCCAAGCUCACUCCAACAUGGUGCUGCUGAAGGCCCUGUGCCGCCGGCCGGACCCGGCCGUGGCCACCGAGGAGUGCGACGUGCGCCUCUCGCUCUGUCCGAUCCGGCUCAACGUCGACCAGGACGCGCUGUUCUUCCUGCGCGACUUCUUCCGGGCCGUGGCCGGCGAGCCGGGCGGCAGCGGCCGGGCCGCCUCGCCCGACUCGGACGCGCCCGUGCUCUCCAUCACGCAGCAGGACGCGCCGCUCGGUCCCGGCGAGGACGAGCCGGACGAGGACGAGGACGAGGAGGCCGAGCCGGCGGCCGGCGCGGUGCGGCCGGCCGAGCAGCAUCCCAUCUUCUUCAGGACGUUCACGUUCUCGCCGGAGGUGCUGAUCCGCAUCGACUACCAGGGCAAGCGGGUGGACAUCGGCCAGUUUGGGCCGCUGAUCGGCCUGCUCAUCGGCCUGGGCCAGCUCAACUGCUCCGAGAUUCGGCUGAAGCGCAUCAGCCACAAGAGCGGUUUGCUCGGCCUAGAUCGGCUGGUGCACUUCGCGCUGAACGAGUGGCUCACCGACAUCCGUAGCAACCAGCUGCCGAGCCUGCUGGGCGGCAUCGGACCGCUCCACUCGUUCGUCCAGCUGUUCCAGGGCAUCCGCGACCUGCUCUGGCUUCCGAUCGAGCAGUACCAGAAGGACGGCAGGAUCGUCAAGGGCCUGCAGCGUGGCGCCAACAGCUUCUCCACCUCCACCGCCAUGGCCUUCCUGGAGCUCACCAACCGGCUGGUCGGCUACAUCCAGGGCGCCUCCGAGUUCGCGUACGACAUGAUGUCGCCCGGCCCGUCGGUGCGACAGAAGCGCAAACAGAAGCGGAGCCGGCGGCGCACCUCGAACCUGCCGCAGGACCUGCGUGAGGGUGUUACCAACGCUUACGAGCUGGUCAAGGAGGGCCUGGGCGAGACGGCGCAGACGCUGGCGCGCGUGGCGGCCGAGGAGCACGACCAGAGGGCGUUGUCGGGCGCCGUGGGUGGCGUUCUGCGCCAGAUCCCGCCCACUGUCGUCAAGCCCAUCCUGCUGGUCUCCGAGGCGACCAGCAACGUGCUGGGCGGCAUGCGCAAUCAGCUGGCGCCUGACGCGCGGCGCGAGGCGAUUGACAAGUGGAAGGCGGCCGAGUGAGCAGCACCGCGGCCGACACGAGCGCCGAGUCGGGCGAGAGCUCAGCUGGCGGGGUGGUGCGCCAGUGCGAAGAGCGCGGGCUUGGAGGCAGGCGGAGGACGGACAAGUGAGGGCUGUGUUUACGAGCCGUUCCCGGCGUGAGCUUUACGGACCGGCGAAGAUUGCUAGGUGACGGUUUGGUUCGGCCAGCAAGUGAGGCGGUGACAGUCGUGAGGCUGACGGUCGGGUGUGCGGGUCGUCGCUGGUGUGAGUUUUACAGUGUCUUGGAAGGCCUGCCGACGCGGCAGCGGUGCGGUCGGUCGGCGCCGGGCCGAGAGUGGGGGCGCGCGCGCGCGCUGUCUGACGCGGAGCAGCACCGGCGGGUGGGAGCCGCGCUGGGCGAAGGCCGGUGGAGGACAGCCGAGGCGGUCCGGCCGGCGCGCCGCCCAGCGCCAGUCUCGUACCGCACAGACAGGCGCGGGCCCCACCGCAGGCGGCAGUGUGGCUUUUCUCGCGACGUGGUCCGCUUCGGCCGGACUUAGCCGGCCAGGCUUGCAAACCGUGUCUUUCUUACAAUGGUGUUCGACGAUUCGUUGCUGGCGUGUGAUAUGUUUUGUAGACGGCGGGCGUAGCAUUCCGUAGGUUUUGUAUGGGUGCUGCCGGCGGUGACGCCGCGAGGCUUGCUUGUAUUACCUGGGGCGUCGAGGCGGUGCCGGGUUUGCCGUGUCCUGCUCGCCUCGGCGCCCUGAGACGGCCUUUCCGGCUGACCUCGCGCCGGUCGGCCGGCUCGGCCCGGCGGCCGAGACCACGCCGGCCCGGCCGCCGAUCGAGACAGCACGAGCUCUGGCAGUUGUCCGUAACCACGCAGGUGCCCUGGACGCGCACGCGCACCGGCUUGUGUACCGCAGACUGGGUGGCGCGGCCCGCGAGCCGUCGCGCCUUGUAUCCGUCUGUGUGGGUGUGCGGGCGCCGAGGUAACGCUGGGCCGGCGCGGCGGCGUCACCUCUCGCCUGCCGCCGGACGCUCUGGUCGGCCGGACGGCCAGCAGGCGGCAUCAGUGGCGACAGUCGGGUACGUGGAGUGGGCGGAAGCAUGAUAAUGUGACGCACAUACGCAAAUACAUUUGUAUCAUUC